CUCGGCCUAGUUUUGUAAAAACAUGGCGGCAGUGUAUACAUGUGUAUGUGUAUGGAUGUAACUUGUGUUUACCGCGUUGUAUACGAUAAAAUUGUCUGGCUACAAACUGUAAUAUUAAAAAUUUCAACAUGUCAACUUGUGUUCCACACUGUAAAAAUUAUUAUCAGAAAGGCUUUUCACUCUACUCGCUUCCUGCAGAUCUUAUUAGAAGAGCAUUGUGGAUUACCAAUAUUGGGAGACAGGAAUGGAAUUUCUCGAAAAAAUGGUUUAUAUGCGAGGCUGAUACAAGAAAUGUUACAAAUGAAGUCAGCUUUGAAGAUAGUUUCAGAUAAUAAUGAUGAUAAUGGAACUAACCCAAAUCCUUCUAUGGCAAGACAAAACUCAUGUGAAGACAACUUUGAAGUAUAUGUUAUAGAAGCAGAAAAACAAUCUGCAAUAGGAGAAAUAUCAAAACCACAUGCAAUACAUUACGAAAAUGAUUAUGAUACUUUGAAAUGAAGACUUCAAGAUGGUGAAUUGAGAGCACAAGAAGCUACAUUGAAAUUACAGCAAGCAAACGUAAUUAUUAACAGAGUAGAAAGAUCAAGAAGAAUAUUAAAAAAACACAUAAGAAGAUUGACAGAUGAAAAGAAAAAAGCGCACAAGACAAUUUAAAGUCACAACUACCAUUAAAUGUGAGAAGAAUAUUCAACGACGAUCAAAUUCAAAUAUUUCUUGGUCAGAAUCCACGUGGUUUUAAAUGGUCCAACAAUACAAUUCUUAAGGCAUUACAACUGAAAUUUUCAUGUGGCAGCAAUGGAUACAACCAAUUGUUAACUCAAAAUUUGCCUUUACCAUCACAACGCACUUUACGAAGAAAAAAGAAGGCAUUGACUUUGAGCCAGGGAUAUUAGAAGACGUUUUUGAUAUUUUAAAGAAACAAAUAUUUCUGUUUAAAGAUGACCGAGAAAAAGAUGCUGCGAUUGCUAUUGAUGAAAUGAGUAUUGUAUGUAGAAAAAAGUUUGACUCUUUCACUCUUUCACAUAUUGGCAAUGCUAGUAUGCCUGACAGUUCUGGUAGCGUUCUUUGCUAAAUUUACAUGAAAUCCUGAUUCUUUUUUCCUUUCUAGAAACUGAAAUAUUUUAAACUGCUUAUGUAUUUAUAAUUGUAUAAAAAUUAUUCUUUCCUUUACAGGACAAGUACAGAAAGCAAUGCAUGUUUCAGUGAUUAUGAUUGCUGGUAUUUUUUCACGGUGGAAACAGGUUGUAGUCUAUUACUAUACACCCCAUGGAUUUAACGGUGCUACUUUAAAAGCUAUAAUUGAAACAAUAAUUAGAAAAGCAGAAUCUAUGGGUCUAUACAGGGUGUUUGAUAGCUGAUCAUGCAGACGAAAGUUGGAGAUAGAUUGGGUGU